AUGGAAACUGUUGGCGAUGGACACGAAUCCCAUCCGGACGGUGGUGGCGAAUUGGUACGGUCCGAGGUAACCGAUGAAGCGGUUGGACAGGAGAGUAAAUCCGCAGAUGGUGGCAAAGAUCCCGUCGAUGAUGAUACGUCCCUGAAUGCACGGUUGCUGGACAAACUGAACGAGCAAUUCGAAAAGCAGAUCCAGCUGGUCGAACACGAUCACUUGGACGAUGGCUUCAAGCUGGAUGUGUACGCCGAAUGGGUAAACAGUUUGCGUACGCUCAACACCGAGCUGGUUCAGUCGUUGCGCGAAAUGCAGGACACCUGCAUGGAGCGGAUGCAGGUGAUGCGUGCGACUUAUUUGAAGGAUUUGGCACGUUUCGGACCGGACGUACGUUUGAAACGGAUAGCAAACGCGAGAGACGCGAGUACGGACGGUUCCGGUGAGCAUACUGUAGCGCUUGAGCUUAGUUCCAACUAUCCGAUUGUGCCGGCCACGGAUGAGAUGCUACUGCAGGAGCUGGACGCAAAAACAAGCAUAAUCGAUCAGCAAAAGAAGCAACUGAAGGAACUACGUAAGCAGACGGCCGAUACGGGAUCCAUGCUGGAGCAGUUGCGCAACAUGACUCAGGAACGGGACAAACAGUUGGAGGAUAAGAGGAAAGAAAUUGCUAUACUGCAGCAUCAAAUCGUCUCGUUGAAUGAGCAGCUACAGAAAACCAAAAUGUCGACGACGGCUUCGAUCGACAAUCGGAGUCUUAUAUCGGAGAUAACCGAUCAUCACGAUAAGAUAACGCAGCUGCGCAAGAAGCUGAAGGAGCAGGAGGACAAAUUGCGCGAAGCGAACACCGCCAUCCAGUUUCGGGAUGAGGUGAUUUCCGCGCAACGGCAGGAAAUUAAACUGUUAAACGAGAAACCUACCAUGCAGCAGCAAGCAUCCUUUACCUCAUUCCCAUCGGCACAGUCGGAAGAGGACUUAUCGUCAAUAGUUGAUCCCGGCCGUCCUCGAUCGCUUCUUGAUCAGCUCGGUGCGAUACAGCAGGACAGCGAAACUGAGUCAGAAUAUGUACAGCUGUUGAAGCGUGAACUGGCCGAAUUGCGUGCGCAACUGAAUCGAAGCCACCGGGGAGCAUCGGAACAGUCACUGUUUCGAUUAAGGGCAGUCUGUGAGGAACUGCUUCACAGUACUGGGCGAUUUUGUGAAGACAGUUGGAGGGAGGACUUCGGCGAGUGCGGUACGGGAACGGAAACAGGAAGUUCGCUCCAUUUCGAAGGCGAUGAGGAACUCAUCAAGGCGAUGCGCGAUCGCUGUGACGCUCUGGGUCGUCAACUGACAGCAUCAUCCCACAAGACCAACUGUCCGAUCGAGCAGGAUGAAGGGAUUGGCAGUGCGAGUACAUCCCGGUUGGAGCAUUCCGAUCCUAUUGGACAGCGAGAACAGCAGCAGCUGGUAAUGGUGUGCAUCGAGCAGCAAUUGAAGCGAUUGGUAAGAAAGGAGCAGCAAAGCAACAACAGUGCCAGCGAGUCACUGAGCUCGCUUUCGCUCGGACUGGACGAGGGUUGCGCUCUCCAAGGAUUGAUCGACGAUCUGAAGAAGGAGAUCGAAUCGAAGGAUCUUGUAUUGCGCGAUCGGCACGAAGAAAUGGAGCGACUACAGUCAGAGCUAUCAAAUCGUGACCGACAGUUGAGUCGGUACCGGGAACGCCAAGAAUUGUUGGACAGUGAGAAGACGUCAUUCCUUCAAAAGAUCGUCGAGCUGGAAGAAAACUUUGACGAUCAUAAUCGUACGAUCGCGAUGCUUAACAUGGAAAAAGUGAAACUAUCGCGUCAAGUGGAAGAUCUCAAAGAAACGCUGCAACAGUACCGGGAUAAUCUGCAGAAGACGAGCGAAGAAAAGGUCGCCAUCGAAGACGAGUGCAAAAAUCUACUCGUCACCAUCUCUAAUCUGCGCGUUGCGCUCGAGGAAACGAAACGCAAUGGCAGCUCAUCCGUUAGCGUUCUUCACGAAUUGGUGGAAAACUUGCAACUGGAGGUGAUCCUUCUCAGUGAACAGUUGAACGACGCUUUCAAAGAGAACAUAUCAAAAGACAACGAGCUGGACCAAUACCGUGACUCCAAUCUACAGCUUCGCUGUCAGCUGGCCGACCUUAGCCGCGAGCUUGGCAAUCUGAAGGACAUCUCCGAUGCGGUAGACAUCCGGCAGGAGCUCGAUGAGCAAAAGCAUCGACUUUUUGCACUGCUGAAAGAUGACGUGAAGCAGCUGCAGGAUCAAAUGAAUGGUGUCCGGGGUGAGAUUGUAGCACGUCAGCAAGAUUUGGGCCAUCUGAGCUACUUCCGGGAAAAGUGUGCCGAGAUGGAGCGUCUGCACGAGCUGGAGAUUAGUCAGCAACGAAGUAAGCAUUCCAGUGAGCUGAAGCAGCUGAGGAGGGAGAUUGAAUCUUUAAGUAAUCAGCUGGCCAGUAGUGCGGAUACGAGCAAACAGCAUGACCAAAUGGUGGAGUCGUUAGCAACUCUUCAGACCACCAUUCUGAAGCUGAAUGAGCAUAACCGAUUGCUGCAGCAGACUAUCCAAUCUUACCAGGAUAAUAGUGUCCAGCUGGAGCAACAGUUGGGUGGAUCCCAGCAUCAACUUGGAUUAGUGCGACAGGAGCUGGAAGAUCUCCGAGCGCGUAGCACCGAACAGGAUAGCAAAAUUGAGAGUCUAAAGGCAGACAGGGAACGUAUAUCCGGCGAGUUGCUGAUGCAGCGGAAGAUGUGCAAGUGUGGCUUCAACAACACCAGUGCUAGUGGAUCGCGGGAAAGAGCCAAGGUACCAUUGUCCCACUCCCUUCAAAAACAGCUGGCACAAAAAACCCUCUUAGCGACACGCAUUCAGGAAGAGCUAGUUCAACGUACCGAAGAGUGGAAACGUCGCGAAACGGAAUACGUUAACCAUCGCGUUCGAGCGACCGAACAUGCAACAGAACUGAUAGAGCAGCUCAGUGAGCUGAAGGGCCGUUUCGGAAACGUCGAGCAGGUGGCUCACAUGAAGGAUGAGUUGAUUGAUCGUUUGCAGCAAAGUUUGCGUGACAUCAACCGGAAGUUUACGCUCAGGCAGGAUCAGUUUACGGAGCUAGAAGCGAAAAAUGUGAAUCUGUCUGAGGCAUUGGAAAAAGCUCGACAAGAAGCGUUGCUGUGUGAGAAACGAUGUACAGAAGAGCUGAGCAAUGCACGACGAUGUUCGAUGGAUCAGAAAAACCAACUUCAGCAGUACGAGCGACAGAUCAGCCGAUUGCGGGUCGAGGUGGACUCGUUGCGGGAAAAGUGUGACCAAAUUUCUAAUGAGCGCGAUGUGCUGAGAGACGAUUGUCAGGAGUUACGCGAACGGUUAGCAAAAUACGAAGGAAAAGAAAGUGCCCUGUGUGAGGUGAUAAAAUCGAAUCAGGAUGAGCUUGCCGUUAAGGCAACGCGAGUGUUGGAACUGGAAGAAACGAAUCGGAAACUGUCCCAAAACUACGAACACCUAAAAGAUUUUCACGAGGAUCUUAGCAAACAGUACCGCCACACUCAGCACGAGAUGGAGCAGCUGCGGGAGUGUUCCAAAAAGCUGCUAGAAUUUAAACAGCAAACCCUCUCUACCAAAGAACUAACCCGCAAAAGCGUUGCCGAAUGGAAGGAACGGGAAGCUCAGUACUGUCAGGAGAUAGGGCGGCUGAAGAAGCGAACCGAGCUGCUGGAACAGGAUCGAUCGAAGCUGAUCGGCAAGCUGAAUGCUUACCAUCGGGACAAUACAAUUCUCGCCCGGCAAAUGCAACAACCACAACCGCCACUUCCGCCAUCUCGGCAACACUCGCCCUACGACGACAAUCGGAGAAGCUACAAUCUUACGCCACUUCAUCAAACCUUUUACCCACCGGAUGCGUUCAAAUUGGUUCGAUCGACUAGCGAUCCCAACUGUAACGAGUCGGACGAAUUGCUGCAAAAAGUAGAAUACACAAGCAGUCAAUUACAGCAGAUAAGGAGGUUCUGGCACCAAGGUCUGAAAGAGGUGUUUCCAACCGAUCCUUAGCAUCGGCAGAACAGAGAGCGAGGGUAGUG